UCUAAGCUAGGAGCUAACAGGCUAACGGGCAGCAGGUGGAUGUUUUCCCGCUCAGGUUCAGCUGUUACCGGUGUCUUUAUCGGGUUAUUUAAACGUGUUCAGCCGUUAAACCGUUUAUCUGACCUCCGUUGUCCGGUAACCGCCCCCCCCCUCCCCCGGAGCUCCCCCCGACCAGGUGUCAUCGGGACGAGACGUUACUCCACAAACAGACAGAUGCCCAGGAAAGAGAAAGCGGUGAAGGCGCAGCAGGCUGCAGGUGGAGCAGCAGAGCCUGAAGCUCCUGGUCCGGUGGCUCGAGACAAAAGUGGCACCGUCACCAUAACGGUGCACGCCAAGCCCGGCUCCAAACACAGCGGCAUCACAGAAGUCUCUGCAGAGGCGGUGGGCGUCGCCAUCGCAGCGCCUCCUACAGACGGAGAAGCCAACACUGAGCUCAUUCGUUUCCUGGCUGAAGUCCUGGACCUGAAGAAAAGUCACGUGUCUCUUGACAAGGGCUCCAGGUCCAGAGACAAACUCAUCAGAGUGGACUCCUCCCUCGGCCCGGAGGAGGUGUUGAGGAGGCUCAGACAGGCUGCCGGCUGACAGGAGGCACAGACGACCUGUGACGUAAAACUUUGUUAACAGAACAAGCUGGUCCAGUAUGACUGCUGGGAAACCUGAGGCACCAAAACAUCACCAUGGAAACGGACCGUUUGCACCAACCAGCCACCAGUGUACAGGAGGUGUGUCCACCCUGGACGCUCUGGACGGAGACAGGAAGUGAUGUUUAGAUGUUGGAAUAAAGUGAAUCAUGAGAAAUUGUAACGUGAUUAAAUGAAGUGUUGAGUUUUAAUAAACAGAUUAAUACCU